AUGUCGUCCGAUGCUCCCCCACCAUUUGGCGAGUGGUUCCUCAAUCUGCUCGAGCCGGCGCAGUUGAUGGCUAUGGCAAUGUCAUAUUAUUUCCAAGUCUGCACCGAAGCCGUCAAAAGUGGUCAGGUUCUCGCGCCAAUCACGCAGACUUCCAGACUUCGAGAUGAAGCCUUUGGUCGGUUCUGGAUUGCUUUUUCCACAAACCGAGAAGAAGAAAAUUCAACCGCCACAAGUGCUAGCAAUGAGCCGGAAGAAGCAGAACUCACCGGCUCCUCAGCUCUAAUUCCGCCCCUCCUCAAAACCGCCUCUGGUAUCGUGCUGGACAUCGGCCCCGGCACAGGCACUCAAAUGCCCCUACUCCGCUCCCCAGCCAUAACAGCAAUCUACGGCGCAGAGCCAUGCAUCGGCCUGCACAAAGAACUACGCGCAAAGGCCCUGGCCGAAGGCCUUGGCUCAAAAUACCACGUCCUACACUGCGGCGCCGCAUCGUCGGAGCUCAUCCCCGCUCUGGAAGCGACUGGCACAGGCGUCGCUGACGCGCAUAAUGCGAACGGUGGCGGUGUCUUUGACACGAUUCUCUGCGUGCGCGUGCUCUGCUCUGUCCCUGAGAUGGAGCGGACAACCCGUGAGCUUUACUCGCUGCUCAAGCCUGGCGGCCGGUUGCUUGUUACUGAGCAUGUGGUGAAUCCGUGGCGGACGGCGAAGGGCUCGUUUGGGGCGCGGGUUGCGCAGGCGAUUUAUCAGCUGCUCGGGUGGAGCUUCUUUAUUGGGGAUUGUUGUAUGGAUCGGGAUACGGAGGGGGCGUUGAGGCGGGCUGCAGAUGGGGAUGGCGGGUGGGAGAGUGUGCAGCUGGAGCGGGCUUUCGGGUGGUCGCCGUUGCCGUAUAUUUCGGGUGUGCUGGUCAAGAGGGGUGGCUAG